AUGCCUAAAAAGUCAAUUAAACCGGUAAAGAGUAAUUCUUCAGAGGGUACGAAGCGGAUCUUUUCUGUAGACGAUGAUGCCGAGGAGUUAGAACGCGAUUACCAUUAUUUAGAAGGAGUGAAAGAUGGACUGAAGCUGAAAAGAGUUGGUACUUUAUCUUCGAAGCAGGACCCCACAUUGCACAGAAUUGGUUCGCGUUUCAGUGUUAGUGAAGACAAUGAUAGGAUAAUAGUUCAUGAUGGAGACAGACAUCUGGUUUUGCAAGAGGAGCAAAGAAAAAAUGGUGAUACUUAUGAUGGCGAUGAGGAUGCAAGAGAUGGAUCGAAUAGUGGAAAUACCCAUGAUGGAAAUAAGCAUGCUAUUACCGCUGCAUCUCAUAAUAACGAACCGAAUAGCAGUAAAAAAAAGAAUAAAAAUGAUAUCGAAAAUGACUAUGACGAGAAUCCAUUGGACACUUUGAUUAUUGAUGACGACAGUGAAAGUUCUAAUAUUCAGGAUAUCGAAACAGGAAGCAUUAGCUCUGUUGAAUCGUAUACGUUACGAGAAAGACAAGAAGCGAUUAAUAAAACACAUCCGUUUGGUAUUAGGAUAUGGAAACCGGCUCUUUAUAAGAAGAAAAGAUCAGUGCAGCAAGCUGCAGAUGAGGAUAUCCAUGAAACAAAAAUCAGAAACAUUACCCUUGGUGUUCAAAUCACUAAUUUAAUAUGGUCUUUCACUGUUGGUCUGUUUUUAUUUUUGAUUUUCACAAUGGCUUCAUGUUUAGUAUUGAUCUUUGGAGGAUUCACUGGAUCUGCGAUCGAGUAUUCUUUAGUGUUUUAUCGGUUGGGACGCUAUUUACUCUGGCCAUUCGGAAAGAUUGUAUUGAUGAAAUCAGAUGCGCAAUAUCUUGUAGAAGAUCAGGACGAAGGUAUCAGUGCCCAGCAAUUCUACAAAUGGAUUACCAAUUAUAGCAAUCGGUUAUUUUUUCAUGAAUCACAAGCUAUCAAUGAUAAUAAUGCCAGCACAAAUAAUUCGAAUAACUUUUCUUCCAGCCAAAACGCCAGGGCCAACAUUAGUAAUAAUGACACAUCCACUCGCAAUAACAGCAAUAACAUAAUCACGGCAAGAAACAACAUUAAUAACCAUAGACAAGAUUCGUAUGGAUCAAUACCUAUAAUUACAGAGAGAACUGACACAAACGACGAUCAAAGUGACGAAGAAAACGGACAUUUACAUCGUCGUCUAUUUGGGCGUGGUAAAUGGACAAUUGGCAGAUUCAUUUUUUAUUUCAUGUUCCACAUUGUCGUUCAACCAGUUGUGAUGUUGCUGUCCCUAACAACUUGGUUGUUUGUAUUCACUAUUCCAAUGAGUAAUAUCUUGUGGAAUUUAAUGUAUCAUUGCAGAAAACAUCCUUUGGCUUUGAGAAUCAUUGACGUAAAAAGUGCUACGUCAGCAGUGGCAACCACUCCAAUCGAAGAUAUCAAAGGCCAAAAUGUCUUAUUAUGCACCUUCCGUUGCGCUGGGUUACACUACUAUAAAUUCACAGUGGAUGGUACUAACGUUAUGGUCAUGAACUUGAUUGCCUUGGUUAUAUUCACCAUAUUCGACUUUUAUGCAAUUAAAAAUAUCUGGCAAAUCGACACUUGGCUAACUGAUGGAUCUACUAUUUUCAUGUUGUGUUUAUUGUCUAUUAUACCUUUGGCAUUUUACAUCGGACAAGCAGUUGCUUCUAUUUCAGCUCAGAGUUCGAUGGGUGUGGCAGCUGUAAUUAAUGCGUUUUUCUCCACCAUUGUCGAGAUUUUCUUAUACUGUGUCGCACUUCAACAAGAGAAAGGUCUACUAGUGGAAGGUUCAUUGAUUGGAUCUAUUCUAGCUGCCGUUCUAUUAUUACCUGGUAUGUCCAUGUGUGGUGGCGCUUUCAAAAGAAAAACUCAGCGUUAUAACCCCGCCAGUGCCGGUGUUUCUUGCGCGAUGUUAAUUUUCUCGAUGGUAGUUAUGUUUAUUCCAUCAGUGUUGUAUGAAAUAUAUGGUGAGUGGGAUUUACUUUGCAAUGAAAAUGGAGAGAAAUGUCAUUUUGUACAGCCUCAAUUAAAGUUUGACAAAAUGUACUCUGCUAUCCUUAGACCCAUUGUACUAUUCUGUACGGUUGCAUUGUUCCUUCAAUAUAUUAUCGGUAUGUGGUUCACAUUAAGAACGCACGCUAAACUGAUUUGGGAAUUACCGAUUGCUGAAACGAAAGAUGUGAACAAUGAUCAAAGUCAGCUGACUACUAGCAUGUCUAUGAGCCAAAAUUCCUUUGCUCCAUUAAAUAAAACCAAUUCCAAUAUUCUUGGUGUCACAAGUAGCACAUCUGGAGCAAAUAAUGCAGCGAAAGCGACCAAUAAUUGUGAUCAAAGUAGUGGCCACGACGCACCAAAUUGGUCUAAAACGAAAUCAACAUGUAUUCUAUUAGGCGCAACUUUCUUGUAUGCCAUUAUUGCAGAAAUAUUAGUAGAUUGCGUGGAUCAGGUCCUCGAACAAUAUCCAGCUGUGAAUCCAAAAUUUUUGGGAUUGACCAUUUUUGCUCUUGUUCCUAAUACCACAGAAUUUUUAAAUGCUAUUUCUUUCGCAGUCAAUGGUAAUGUUGCACUUUCAAUGGAAAUCGGUAGUGCUUAUGCAUUGCAAGUAUGCUUGUUACAAAUUCCAGCCUUAGUCAUAUUCUCUAUGCUAUACGUUUGGGGUAAAGAUUUGACUCAAAUUAGCAUUAGAGAUAGAAUGUUCCCGAUGGUGUUUCCCAGAUGGGAUUUACUUGCAUCAGUAGUGUCAGUGUUUCUAUUCACUUACUUAUAUGCAGAGGGGAAAUCGAAUUAUUUCAAAGGAAGCAUUUUAAUAUUAUUAUACCUGGUUGUCAUUUUCGGGUUCUAUUUGCAAGAAAUAAUAGAUGAUGAUUUCUGGGAUAUAUCUCUUUUCGUUAGAUUCAUAAACUAA